AUGUUUAUGAGUUAUAAUUAUGCUUAUAAUAAUCCACUGAUGUAUCUCAUAUUAUGUUACUGCAAAAUGUUACCCAAAAAAGUAUGGGACUAUGGCCCAAUGGACAAGGCGUCUGACUACGAAUCAGGAGAUUCCAGUCUGGUUCUCUUGUCGUUCCUGAUCUGGGAUGGUCUUCCUUUUACUAUAGCAAAGUCAAAAGGUCAAACCCACUGGGGAUCGGAGAGUAUAUAUGUUACUGUGGUUAAUCUUUACAAGACAUUACUGCGGUUCGUUAUCUAUGAGGUAUCUUUGACAUACAGAACUGCUGCGGUCAAUUAUCCCGAUUUCUCGGAUUCAUCAAAAUAAUGUCCGACA